AUGCACGCCCACUGCGUGCUGUUGCUCCUCCUGCACGCCUGGGGGGCUCUGCUCCAGGCGGGCGCCGAGACGGGGGCCACUCUGCCGUUGCGUACGCUGGGGCAGCCCUCGUCGCCGUCCCCUCUGGCGUAUAUGCUGAGGCUUUACCGCGACCCGCUGCUCCGGGCCGACAUCAUCCGCAGCCUGCAGGCGCAAGAUGUGGAGGUGGAGGGGCAGAAAUGGACCUUUGCUUUUGACUUCUCCUUCCUGAGCCAAGAAGAGGAUCUGGAGUGGGCUGAGCUUCGGCUGCAGCUGUCCAGCCCUGUGAACCUUCCCUCCGAGGCCCCGCUCUCCAUUGAGAUUUUCCACCAGCCAAAGCUGGAUAUGGAACAGGACCCAACCAGCUGCCAGGAGCGUCUUCGGAUGGACCUAUUCGCUGUCACUCCAUCCCACGUCACCUUCUCCUCGGGCAGCAUGGUCCUGGAGGUGACCAGGCCACUCUCCAAGUGGCUGAAGCACCCCAGGGAGCUGCAGGAGCAGAUGGCCAGGCAGGCUGGGGAGUGUUGGCAGCGGUCACCGAGACCCCCCAUCACCGACGUUCUGCUCAUGCUCUACUCCAACCUCUCCCAGGAGCAGAGGCGGCUCGGUGGCUCCACGUUGCUGUGGGAGGCUGAGAGCUCCUGGCGGGCGCAGGAGGGACAGCUGUCCCAGGAGAGAAGCAGGCGGCACCGUCGACACCGCUUGCCAGAUGGAAGCCAACUGUGUAGAAAGGUCAAGUUCCAGGUGGACUUCAACCAGAUCGGAUGGGGCUCCUGGAUCAUCUACCCCAAGCAGUACAAUGCCUAUCGCUGCGAGGGCGAGUGUCCCAACCCUGUCGGGGAGGAGUUUCAUCCGACCAACCAUGCAUACAUCCAGAGUCUGCUGAAACAUUACCAGCCCCAUCGAGUCCCUUCUACCUGCUGUGCCCCCGUGAAGACCAAGCCAUUGAGUAUGCUCUAUGUGGAAAAUGGCAGAGUCCUUCUAGACCAUCAUAAAGACAUGAUAGUGGAAGAAUGUGGGUGCCUUUGAAGAGAUCCUGAAGGGAUGCUGGAUUCACCUGUACCCUGGAAGGUUGGGAAACUCCUAGAUGACACGAUUACCAUCUAAUCCAAUGAGGAGAAACAAAGAGGGCAAAAAUUUUGCUCUGUUCACUAGAACUGAAGAGGAAGGGCUGCCCACUUUGUAAAUGGAGGGAUUCGUGAAGCAAAUCCCACAAGAAUUUCCUCAUAAGUCUCUCUUCAGUGGAGUCUGGCUACAGACAGAGGCUGCUGUCAGGAAGAGAAGAGGAAGCUAGUGAGGGGGUUGCUGGGUUUUCUCUUUACUGAAGACAGUGGCGAGUGAAAGCACUAGUACAAGAGCUCUUUACUUUUUUUUUUUUUGGUCUCCCUGAAGUUGUGUGUAAAAGGUGAGGCACAUAUAAUUUUUUUUUUGAGGUAUGGGGACAAGGUCUACAGCUUUUAUGUACUCCCAAGUUGACACCCCCUUCCCCCCCCACAAAAAAAAAAAGAUUAUCGCUCUUAAGUAUCGAGUCUGUCUGCUCUCGCUGACCCAGGCUGGGUUGGGGGAGCCUCCAUGUCUUUCUGGCUGUCCAGUGGCAGCCUGUUUGCCUUGUCCAGAGGCUCCCUCAAGUGGGUCUCUGCUCAUGAGUUGCACAAACAAUAAAGCCAUUGUAGAGUUCUCCUAAGCCAGCUGGUGCCUUUGAAAGGAGAAGCAGGAACUCAUCCAAGAGAACUGGUCGUGUUGGACAAUAGAAACUGAAGCCUUUCAGGCGUUCCCUAGUCAGUUGGCUUGGGCAGACCCAACCUGAGUCUUUAUUAAAGUCAGAGAUUAUUUUCCCCCAGUCUCUCAGUGUGUGCUGUUAAUGAGGCCCCAAGCUUUCUGUCCAGCAGGGGUGAAGGCCCUGCCCUGGAUGUCAGGAAAGACUUGGGUGAUGGUUGCAGCUCAGCCACUGAGAAACUAUGA